ACGAGGAGCAAACGAGGAACUUGGCCCAGCUUAGCUGUGGUGCACACACGCGGACACGCCUUAUCCACACUCACCUCACCCUCACCCCCGGCCCUCUCCCAUAGUAGUAUCGUCAUCACGAAACAAAUUAACCAUAGCAGCAGCAUAUCCUCUCCCAUGCUUCCAUGGAUUCCUUCUAGCUUCGCCUUAGCUUCUCCUCCUCUACAGUCUACACGCGCGCAUGCAUAGCAUCUAUAGAGAGAGAACAAAUUAAUUAUUAGGAUUUAGUCGCAAUGGCAUUAGCCAUGGCGCCCAGGCUAGUCCACCACCCUUGCUGCAUGAUGCUCUCCAAGAACCCAAGAACGCCGCCGCCACCGCCGGCGAUGCACCACCACCAUGCCCACAAGCCGCUCAUCACCGCGCUCACCAGCACGUCGUCGUUCUUGCUCCGCUCCGUCGACGUCUCCAAGGACGACAAGCCGCUGGAGACGGCGACUACGACAACCCCGCCUACUCCGGCACCGGCGGCGGCGGCUCCGGAGACCGAACAAGCGGAGGCGGUGGCGUCGCCGGAGUUGGAGUUGGAGCUGGAGGAGGGGCCGAAGGUGGACCCGCGGCGGCUGGAGGAGAAGUUCGCGGUGCUGAACACGGGGGUGUACGAGUGCCGGUCGUGCGGGUACCGGUACGACCAGGCCGCCGGUGACCCGUCGUACCCGGUGCCGCCGGGGCUGCCGUUCGAGCAGCUCCCCGACGACUGGCGGUGCCCGACGUGCGGCGCGGCGCAGUCCUUCUUCGAGAGCAAGAGCGUCGAGAUCGCCGGGUUCGCGCAGAACCAGCAGUUCGGCCUCGGCGGCAACUCCCUCACCGGCGACCAGAAAGCGCUGCUCAUCUACGGCAGCCUCCUCGUCGGCUUCCUCUUCUUCCUCUCCGGCUACUUCCUCCAAUGAACCAGUCACCCCCUCUUCCUAAUUCUCUACCUCUACCUCUACCUCUACUGUGCCUGUUUCUACUAAUUAAGUAUAUAUCAGUACGUUUUAUUUUUAUUGGCUAAUUAAUUAAUUAAUCUGUGUGAAUACAUAGUGCUAUUCCAUCUCGAAUUUUGAAUUUA